CCGACAGAAGACCUCCGUCCCUUUCCAAAGUUUCACCUCUGUUACACGCACUACGAGUGCACACUCUUACUGGGGCGCCUUUCCACUCGAAGAUUCAUUGCAGCUUUAUAUUUACACAUAUUGGCUGAAUAAGACAUGCAAUGCCCGGAACAAAGAGUGUAAGGAAUUUGUAUAACGCGAUGACUUGGCUUUUCAUUUUCUUGUUGCAUUUCAACUCCAUCGGUUUUACUCUUCAACUGACGCCAUCAGAAUGUAAACCGGUUCAAAUAGACACAACCAGCGGAGUGUUGGAGGGCUGUGAUAUCUAUGUCGAAUCCAGGCAAGCAAAUGUGAAACAAUUUCUAGGAGUGCCUUACGCAGAACAACCGAUCGGCCAUCGGCGUUUCAGACGACCGGAGCUUAAGAAAAGAUCACGGGAAGUAGUUAUUACAAAGGAAUUCGGAAAUAUCUGUCCUCAAAACCAUGGUUGGCUUAACUCUGUGGAUGUUAACUUUACUAUCGGAGAGGACUGUCUUUGGUUGAAUUUAUACGCCCCGGAAUCCGCUUCCGAAAACAGAACAGUGGAUGUGAUGUUCUUCAUCCAUGGGGGCUCUUACUUGGACGGAACAGGAAGCUACUAUGAAGGAAAGCACCUGGCUCUUGUAGGGAAUGUCGUUGUUGUCACAAUAAACUACAGGUUAGGCCUACUGGGUUUUUUGUCCUCGGAAGACUCCACGUUAAUGGGAAAUUACGGGCUGUGGGAUCAACUCAUGGCUCUUCAAUGGGUACAGAAAAACAUUAAAAAGUUUGGCGGUAAUCCCAAAAGGGUGACCAUAUUUGGCAACUCAGCCGGCUCCAGUAGUGUGGGAAUUUUGGCCUUGUCGCCAAAAAGUAAAGGUUUGUUUAGGCGGAUAAUAACGCAGAGCGGUUCUCCGCUAACGCCGUGGGCCUUUGUCCGAAACCCCAGGAGGUUUGUGGAAAAGCUGUCUCACAGUGUCCACUGCACGCGUGAUUCGAAAGUGGAGGACUUCCCGCUAGUGGACUGCAUGCGUUUGUUGACAGCAGAGGAG